UGACAGAAUUGUCAAUGUCAAUCAAUAAAAAUAAUCUAAUCAGUUGUUAUAAUUGAGUUUUGGCGCCUUUUUAUAGAUUCAUUUUGUGAUGAUUUUUAAAUAAUUAAGACAUUUUUGAUUUGAUUAUAACUAUUAACUUUAUUAACCCUGAUCUACACGUUAUAAGUGAAAAUGGAUGACGAUAAUCGCGUUGUUGUGCUUAUCGAUAUGGACUGUUUUUAUUGCCAAGUCGAAGAGAAACUCGAUCCAAGAUUAAGUGGAAAGCCGAUCGCCGUAGUUCAAUACAACCCCUGGAUGGGUGGCGGAAUCAUAGCUGUUAACUACGUAGCUCGAGCCCGAGGCGUAACUCGUCAUAUGAGAGGAAAAGAAGCCAAGGCAAAGUGUCCAGACAUUGAAUUGCCUUCAGUACCGUGCCUCAGGGGCAAAGCUGAUAUCACUAAAUAUAGAGAUGCUGGAAAAGAUGUAGCCAAAGUGUUGCAGAGGUUCACACCUCUUUUCGAAAGGGCAUCCAUUGAUGAAGCUUACAUGGACAUCACAGUGCCUGUUCAAGAACGCCUGAAAACUAUAAAUGUGAACUCAAUUAAUACUACUAUGAUGCCCAAUACUUAUGCCCUGGGCUAUGACUGUGUAGAUGAGUUCUUGGCAGAUGUCCACACAGGUGGCAUGGGGAACAUGGACUUUGACUACGACCAUGCCACAAGGCUUUUGGUUGGGGCUGUUAUAGUCAGUGAGAUCAGAGCUGCAGUUUAUGAGGAGACUGGAUAUAGAUGCUCUGCUGGUAUUGCUCAUAAUAAAAUAUUGGCAAAACUUGUUUGUGGUAUGAACAAACCUAACAAGCAGACUGUACUACCAAAACACUCAGUUAAUAUUUUAUACAGCACUCUUCCUGUAAAAAAAGUUAAACAUCUAGGAGGAAAGUUCGGAUAUACAGUUUGCGAAGUACUAAAAAUCAGCACAAUGGGUGACCUACAGAAGUUUUCCGAAAAGCAGUUGCAAGCGAAAUUUGAUGACAAGAAUGGAUUAUGGCUGUACAAUAUCGCGCGUGGGAUCGACUCUGAACCAGUCCAAGCCAGAUUCAACCCUAAAAGUAUUGGAUGUUGCAAAAACUUCAAGGGCAAAGCUGCAAUUUCAAAACUGGAGACUCUUCAGAAGUGGUUCAAAGACCUCGGCGAAGAGAUUGAGGAUAGACUUGAAAAGGAUGCUUUAGAAAAUAAUCGAACUCCCAAACAGAUGGUUGUGAGUUACUCAGUUCAACUGGCGCGUAAAAAAGAUACGAGCAGCUCCAGGUCAUAUAAUUUUACGCCUGAUGACGAAUUAUGCGGUGAAUUAUUUUCAAACAAAGCUUUGGAGCUGUUUAUUGAAAGUACUGAAGGAAUUAAAGUGCAAGAUAUCGAUGUCAAUAAAAAAUUAAAGGCCCCAGUAACAUUUCUCGGCAUAAGUGUAGGUAAAUUUGAAGAUAAUGUGGAUGUCAAGAAAACAAAGACGAUACAGAAUUAUUUUGCUGCUUCGUCAAAAGACGAAACAAUAGCAAAACCCAAAGAAAAAAAGCUGCAGGACAAUGUAAAUAAUGAAGAAACAAUCGCGACACCAAGUUCUAAAAACACUUGCAAGGAAUACAUCAUGCAGAAGUUUUUACAAGGAUGUGAUAAACCGAAAACUUCUACUGUCGCAGUACCAACUGAGAACCCUUGUGAUACUAAUGGUGAUACUAACGUUCCAGUACUUGAAUCGACGUUAGAUCAACAAGAAUCAUUUUUUGCUAAAAUGUUAAUCCAAAAUAAAAAAGAUCCCUCGUUAACGAAGAUACAAAAUGCAGGAAUUAACAUUGAGAAGAAACGGCCCACGACGCCUGUAUGUGACAUAGUAACAUGUGGACAAGACAGCAAUGAUACCGAUUACUCUGGAUCCACAAUCAAUGAAGAAAUCAACAAUAGUGUAGCUCUGUUCGAAGACGAUCCUCAAGACGUUGCUAGAGUUAAAAGCAUCAGGGAAUUACUUAGCAGCUCCAGAAUGAUCAAUGAAGAAGAAUCGGAAAAUGCCCCAGUUAGCGAAAACAAUACUACAGCUUCAUCACUGAUACCUCCAAGAGAAGAACAUCCAGUAGAAGACAAUUUUUACUGUCCUGAAUGCAGGAAAUCUAUACCAAUUCAUAUGGUACCUGAACAUUCGGAUUACCAUAUGGCAUUAAAAGUAAGAGAUGAGGAAAGGCAGCAAAUUCGACAGGAAAAGCAAAUUACUAUCAUGAAAACUAAAGAAAAUGAGGAACAGAAGAAAGCUCAAGUCUCUGAGCAUAGUAUGAGAAAUGAGAAUACAUCAUCUAUAGCUAGCUAUUUGGUUAAAAUAGACGAAAAUGUACCCACUGAAAUAUGCGCAGAAUGUAAGAAAAAGAUUCCCUUAGAUAAAUUUGUUGAACAUUUGGAUUAUCAUGAGGCCAAGAAAUUGAGCAGAGAAUUGAACAAAAAACACAGCCCAGUGCUAAGUGGAAGUAAUGUAAAAAGAAAACGCAAAUCUGCUUCCCCAGUUAAGAAGAAUAAAAUGCCAUGUAGAACUAUCACAUCUUUUUUUAACUAAAUAAUUUAUAAAUAAAUGGAAUUAAUGAAAUGAAAA